AACACAUGUUAUAAAAGAAUAAUGGAAACAUAUGUAAAAGGAAAAAAAAAAACAAUGUGGCAGUUAACUAUGUGUUAAAUAAAAUAUUGGCACAUUAAUGGGUAACUGUAUCUGAAAAAGUAACGAUGGUAGCCGGACUCCAGUGCUGGACCCUCUUUGUUUCACCUCUUUCACAGACCACAGCAGCAACAAGUGUGGCACCGCCGCAGUGUUUGUCCCUGCCCGGCUGCCAUCCGUCGGAGAGAGGCGGCUACCAGGACCAACACAACUGUCAGACACAACUUCUGCUUUCACUGCGCCGCACUGAUUUUUUAGGUACGAAAAAAUGUCAUAGCUCAGUGUUUCUGCCGCGACACUUACACAGUUAUCCGGACAUAUCUUAGAGGUGCAACAUCACAUAUCUCCGCGACGUUUUUCCCCGAGGUCAAACUGGGAGUUGGUGUUUUAUAAAGAACAAGCACCUGAAGUAAACACCUGACCAAAGAUGCCUUCACUGUCCUGUGGAAUGGAGAGUCUGAAGUGAUGGAGAACAGAGAGGAGAGCCCUGCAGAUGAGCAGGCCCCCACACCUCCAGAGCGAGGACUGCUUCACAUCUGGCAGUCGACGGGCCCCAGUGAGCAGCUCUGUCCAGAGCGAGUGCUGCUGUCCAGGCCUGUCCUGCAGGUCGCCCUGGGUGAACACCAUGGUCUCUUGCUAAUACAGGGCGGUCUGGUGUAUUCAUUUGGUGAGCUGUUGUGGAGGGAUCUGAGCAUCCCAGUGUCCUCUCCGCUCCAGGAGGUCUCUCUGCUGGGGAGGACGGUGGUCCGUGUGGCUGCCGGCGGCUUUCACUGCGGAGCGCUGAGCGAGCAAGGCACCGUCUUCAUGUGGGGGGAGAACACUGCAGGACAGUGUGGGCUUACUGACAGGGACACAGACACAAGUAUCACAGUUUCAGAGCCAUGCCCAGUGACUGUGGUGGACAGUGACGUUGUUCCUCCAGCUGUGGUUCGGGUCGUGGAUCUGGCUUUAGGACGGGAGCACAGCCUGGCUCUGUCGGCCCAGAAUGAGCUGUGGGCGUGGGGCAGCGGCUGCCAGCUUGGCCUGGUCACCAGCACCUUCCCUGUAUGGAGGCCAAAGAAGGUGGAGCACUUGGCAGGCAGGCAUGUAAUUCAGGUGGCUUGUGGUGCCUACCACAGCCUGGCCCUGGUUCGCAGUUUACCUCCACAGAACUACAAUACCCAGAAUCCUUCGGAGACAAGGGAGCAGGGCCAGUCACCUCACCUCUUAGUGACAGAGAGGGAGGAGCCGUGUGCAGUUGAUACUGGUCACUACUGUCCGCUGGGGGUGGAGCUGACUGAAGGCAUGACAGGCGAGACCUCUCCCAGAAGAAGAGCCCAAGGACGAAGUCUCCAACCUGGGGGAAGGAAGAAUCUUCCAGUUCACACCAAGCUCGAGCCAGGUGGGCACACCGACCCUCUCACUCAGUCAGACAGCAGCCUCAGGUCUCACCCACUGUCAGGCUGGAGAGCCAGUGACAACUCCGCUUUCCCUGACGAAAUGGACAUUCAGAACCUCCUCCAGAAAAUAUCUAGUCAGUCAUUUGAGAUGCGCCACAUCGCUGGACCAGGAGAUACCGACUCACUGAGCAGUUACACUUCAGAUGACAGUUGUGUUUCCUCAACUCCUUCCACGGAUCUGUUGACUUCCAGUUACAAAGAAGACUCACCAAUUAAGAGUCAAACCAACAAUAACAGUGGAGUGGCCGUGCCGUACUCCUCCUCCCCAGUGUGUUUGGAAGAAGUUCGUCUUUGUCUGGAGGCGGAGAAGCAGGCGCUGCAGGGCCAGAAGAGCUACAGUCUCACAAACAUAAACCAGACAGGGAAAUCAGGAGCAAACCUGAGACGCUCCCUGCCUGGAACACCCAUAUGUGGUAGGAAUGGGUCUCCACGGCGACGGCGGCCUUGUCCCUGUAGGCCAUCGUCUGCUGGUCGAAAUCACGCUGCUGCACCGGAGGAGGCCGGAGACGGCCUGCCGUAUCUGGAGACAGAAGUGUGGAGCUGGGGCCGCGGGUCUGAGGGGCAACUGGGCCACGGAGAUCAGCUCGCUAGACUCCAGCCGCUGUGUAUCAAGUCUUUAACAGGCGAGGAGGUGAUCAAAGUCGCUGCAGGGUCACACCAUUCAAUGGCUCUCACCGCUCACUGCCAGGUGUACUCGUGGGGCAGCAACAUGUGUGGACAGCUCGGCCACGUCAACAGUCCUGUCACUGUACCUCAACAAGCAAAGCUGUCCGAGGAUCUAAGGGUUUGGGACUUGUCAGCCGGUCAGAGCCACUCCCUCCUCCUGGCGGAUGGAGACUGUGUCCAGCCAGUCCUGUUGUACUGCGGCCUGCAGCGAGAGCCAAUGUCAGCGCAGAGUGAGAGGUCACACCAGAGUCAAAGUUCAUGCCAGAGGUCACCCAGCAGAGCAGAGAGUUACACAGUCAGACCCACCCUGCUGCCCUUCUGCAUGGAGAUGGGUUACAUUAGAAGUGUGUGCAGCGGCGGUCAGAGUUAUGCGUUGCUGGCAGACCAGAACGUCAUGGGUUUUAUCUCAGCUAUCCAUGAGCUGGCCUCCAGAGAGAGACAGUUCUACUGCUGGUUGAGCGACGUCAAGAAGCUCCUCCUCACACCGCUACGCAACAGAGAGAAUUUGAGUCCGUCGUUAGGUAAGCCAUGCGCUGAUCUCUUCUUCUCUCUUUGUGAGAGUUUUGUUCGUUUGAGCGUCCUGAUCGGUCGACACUCCACGUCACUCAGCUACUUCCUGCACAGCGAGCAGGGCCGUGAUGUCACUGCCCUUCCCCUGCUGACGCACACUGAUCACUUUCUGGACAUUUAUAAAGAGUAUUGCUCUUCAGUAGGUAACUUCCAUGUGAUGGGUGGAUUCCAAUCACUCCAUAAACUCUCACUCGAGUGUUUAGGCUCUCAGCAGACCACGCUCGCUCUGCUGUGUGUAUCAGACCAGUCUGCCAGUGGUGACGUUGAUCUGGUUUCGUUGUUGUACUGGCCGCUGCAGCAGCUCCAUCAGUACAGCCGAGUCCUGCUCAAACUUGCGGUCUGUUAUGAUGUGUUAACAACAGAGUAUCAGUCCCUCCAUCAGGGCUGUGGUCAGUAUGAGUCCCUUUCUUUGUCCUUGUUGAGGAGGAAGAAGGAGGCGGAAACCACCUUCCUCUUCUGGAAGAACCACUCUGGAAAAACUACAGAGGUUCUGCGUCUGCCGCAGCGCCGUGUGGUGUGUGAAAGCAGCAACAGAUCUCUAACUCUGCAGAACGCCGGCUUCUCCAACCACUGGUUCAUGCUGUUCAAUGACGCACUGGUGCACACGCAGGGCGCCAUUCCCUCUCAGAGCCUUUUCUCCACAUUUCACGUCUAUCCUCUGACCUGUCUGUGGGUGAAACCAGUUACUGAUGACAGCAGCGGACUCUAUGCCAUCAAAAUUACAUGUCCAGAGGAGAGUUUCACCCUGGUGGCCUCGACACCACAAGAGAAGAACAAGUGGCUGCGAUCUCUUAACCAGGCGGUGGAUCAGGUGUUGGGCGGUGGAGGUCAGGGGUCGUCGCCGGGGAUGACGGCAAUGUCUCGCAAGGCCUCCUACACGUUCUCCGGAGAGGGACGGUUUAAAGACGCCCAGUACACUGGGGGCUGGCUGGCAGGACGGGUUCAUGGCAGAGGUACCAUGAAGUGGCCAGAUGGACGUACCUACAGCGGGAACUUUAAGAAUGGACUGGAGGAUGGCUAUGGAGAGUGUUUAAUACCUAACAAAGUGCUGAAUAAGCCUGACAGCUACCAAGGACACUGGAGAGAUGGCAAGAUCCAUGGUUUCGGCAAGUACAAGUAUGCCAGUGGCGAAGUGUACGAGGGCUGUUUCUGUGAUGGACAGCGACACGGUUAUGGCAUGCUGAGCUCCGGUAAGCUGACCAAGACCUCCUCCAGCGUUUUUCUUGGCCAGUGGGUCCAUGACAGGAAGACAGGAUACGGAGUCUACGAUGACAUCACCAGAGGUGAGAAGUACAUGGGACAGUGGUUGGACGAGCAGCGGCAUGGCAGCGCUGUGGUUGUCACCCAGUACGGUGUGUACUAUGAAGGGACCUACAGAGACAACAAGAUGAGUGGUCCCGGUCUGUUGGUGGCAGACGACGACACGGCUUUCCAUGGGGAGUUUUCUGAUGACUGGAUUGCCAACGGGAAGGGCGUUUUAUCCCUGGCUAACGGUGACUGCUUGGAGGGCCUGUUCAGUGGAGAGUGGACCACAGGGCUGAAGGUGGUUGGAACGUACACCAAACCAGCCAUCGAUGACCCAGAAAACAAAGAGAAGAACCUCCUGCUCAGGUUGGGUCAGUACGUGGUGCCCGCAGGUCAGAGGUGGGCCUGUGUGUUCGAUGAAUGCUGGAGUCGUCUGGGCUGUGAUGCUGCUGGGAGAGGAGAGAGGACAACAGCCUGGGAGAAUAUCGCUGUUACUAUAACAAGCGCACGUCGACAAAGCCCAGACCUGAGUAGGUCUCAGAGGAAAGUGUUGGAGUGUUUGGAGUUUAUUCCUCAGCAUGGUGAACCAGUCACCACCGCAAACUAUGACAACAUACGAAGAUACCUCAUCAAGGCAUGUGAGACCCCUCUCCACCCUCUGGGCUGGCUGGUGGAGACGUUGGUGACCGUCUACAGGAUGACUUACGUCGGUGUGGGUUCCAACCGCAGGCUGCUCAGGCAGGCCGUCCAGGAGGUUCAGGCCUACCUCACACAUUUCUACAGCAUUCUCCGGUUUCUGUUUCCGGGGCUACCAGAUGAUGGCGGCAUCAUCCCAGACCCCCUUCCCUCUCCAACUAAGAGCAGAAACAACUCUAAUAUAGAAGAGCAAGACAGCGUUCUGGUGGUGAGCUGCUCCUCUCUGCUCCUCCCUGUGCUGCUUCCUCGACUCUACCCUCCUCUCUUUACCUUGUACUGCCUGCAGGAGGAGCAGGCGGAGGCCCAGUACUGGGAGCGCAUCCUCCGACUCAACAAACAGCCCGACCAGUCACUGCUCAGCUUCCUUGGGGUGCAGGAGAAGUUCUGGCCAGUGUGGAUGUCAAUACUGGGAGAAAAAAAGCAGAUUGUGUCUAGCAGUAAAGAUGCCUGCUUCGUUUCCGCUGUAGAGACACUUCAACAAAUCAGCACCACCUUCACGCCGUCAGACAAACUCCUCGUCAUCCAGAACACGUUUGAGGAAUUGACCCAGGAAGUAAAACCUAUGCUGGAUGACAACUUCCUCUGGUGUAUGGAUGACCUGCUCCCUCUCUUCCUCUAUGUGGUGCUCAGGGCGAGGAUCAGGAACCUGGGAGCUGAGGUCAGUCUGAUAGAAGAUUUGAUGGAUCCCAACGUUCAGCACGGAGAGUUGGGACUGAUGUUCACCACUCUGAAGGCCUGCUACAUCCAGAUCCAGCAGGAGUCGACUAUGUAGGAGCAGGACAGGAAGACGCCACACAGUCGGCAAAAAGUGGAAACAGCAAGGAAAGCACUGCCGGGGGCGGCACGGUGCUUCACACACAGGAACUGCCAGAACAAAACCAGUCAAAACCACUGGGAAGCUGUUUUCUUUCUAGAACCGAAAAGAUCUUCUUGCACUUGUAGCAUGUUUUUACCACUCGUAGCAUUGUGCAGUGUACGGCGAGCUCUGCGUUUCACUGGUCCCAAAGCAACUGCAGGAGGGUAACACAGGUGGACUUAGCACAGCAGAUCCAAUCUGGGCCUCCUGAUCAAAGAUCAGACCUUUGGUUCAUCGGUAAGCAGCUGCAGCAGCUGGGGAGCAGACUGGAUGGAGGGUUUUGCUUUUUUUAGCAAAAUAAAACUUCACACAGUUGUAGAGUUUUACGGUCAGCGUGAAAACAGAGUAAACAGCUUAAGGCACUUUAUGCCUCAGCUGAGGUUUGAGAUUGCUUCCCCAGAAGCCAAACCAAACUCACCAACUCAGAAAACUGAUAAAAAGGGAACAAAAGCUUAAUUUCUCAUGAAACAGUAUGUUCAUGCAAACAUAAAUUAUAUGCAAAGCAUCUUACUUUGUUUACAUAUAAAUAAAAAAUCAUCCCCUCUCACUCUUCCAAACUAAUUUAGACCUUUUUACACCUUUCAGUUAUUAUGAAUAAUGUACACUUUUCUGUACUACAAACCAAACCUGUGCAUGCUCCUGCAUGUUGAAAUAACUGUUUGUCUCAGGUCCACACUUCUGGUACUAUAACUAACAUAAACUGACCAGUAGGACAGUAGCAUGUAACUACAGAGGGAAAGGAUAUUGUACUUUACCUGAAAUAAGUCAUGAGCGCACACUGAUAACCUAAGCGUCAAGGAAAUGUUUAUUCCUCUGUUGAUAUUUCAUUCAGUUUGUUAUUCUGUGUGUUUCUGUGUGAGCGAGCAUUUAUGAACAAGUCUGACAAGGAGCACUUGUAACGUUGCACUGACAACUUUCUAGUUUGGUUUCACCGACCAGCCAGGAGAGUGUUUGAAGAGAGAUUAUAUUAUAUAUAUAAAAAUAGUUGAAGGUUGGCUGAAAAAGUGAUGAAUACUUUGUGUGAAGUCAAUCAUUUUUAAAGAAUUAAGUCACAUUGUGACACAUUUUAAGAAGGUCAUAUUAUGCUUUUUGGGUAUUUUCCUCUCCUUUAUUGUGUUAUGUGUAUUUUUUGUGCCAGUGAUAAGUUUGCAAAGUGAAAAAGCCCAAAGUCCACCCCAAAGGGAGUUUGUAGUCCAGUCUUCUGUAAAUUAUCUGCGUAACAAUGUAGCACACGCCUUAAUGCUCGCCUAGAGGCUAGUGUGGUACGACCAUUGGCUAUAUAUAAAAGAAAUGGACGAAGUCAUCGUGACGUCACCCGUUGGUUUGUGGACUGUCGUUUUGAAGCCUCGAGUCUGGCCUAUAGGACGCCGCCAUGGUGAUUUUUUGCAACCAGAAGUGCCUUGACGUGACCAUAUUUGGACAAGACGGAGGGGCCGUGUGCGGAGCUAGCUAGCUUGCUUAGCUAGGUGCAUCUGUAAUUCACGUUAACUGUCAUUUUAACAGGGCUGACAAUUUAGUCUAGCAAACAAAAGUCUUAAAACUAAAUGUACUCACCAGAGAAAUUGAACAGACAACUCCUAAUCAGCUUUUUCAACCACUGGUUAGAUUGGGUAUGAGUCACUCUAGCCUGAUUGACAAAUUGCCAUGGUAACAACUUGAAUCACAGAUAAUCCCACCCUGAAGCAUACUCUAUUUUACUCAAUUAAUUAAUUUAAUUAUUCAACUGAGAAGUAGGGUCAUUUUACCAUUAUUGCUAAUGGAGCCGGACUUUUUUUGCAACCAGAAGAGUCGCCCCCUGCUGGCCGUUCAAUAGAGUGGCGGUUUCUGGGACUUCCGCAUUGGCUUCACCCGCUUGGGUACGACCUUCAGGCAGUCAAUGGACAUAAAGUUGUUACUGUUAUGUAGAGAUAGUGCACAAUUAAGCGUUACAUAUGAAAGGUAAAUUUUUUACAAAUUAAUUACUUACCACUCUUAAACGUGUGAAGCUGGUUUGUGUAGUUCUACCUGUGUGUCGAGAUCACAAUUGGGCUAGAACAUGUACGGCUGAACCGAAGACAGAGUUACUGGCUGAAGUGGCUUUGUUUUGGAUCAGACUACCUUGCUUGUCAGGACCCACCCUACCCUGCUUCUGAUUGGCUAGUAGUCCUUACCUAGGUAUGUAGGUAGGAUGGUGGGUAGGUAAGAUUGAAUAGGAGUGAGAUGCUUCACUCGGCAGCUAAAACUGAACAUAGAAAUAUGGUGUUUUUUGAAAAUGAAACCAUUUAAACCUGUUCUUGUACAACCCCUAAAUAAGAUUUUGAACCUAAAAAUUAGCAAAAUAUGACCUCUUUAAACUCUUUCACUGCUUUCUUGUGACCUACUGCACUUACUUAAUUGACAAAAAAUAUGCCAUGCGAAUCAAGUAUCAAUGUGUGUGUUAAAUGCAGAUCCAGAUUUUAAAACAAUAUUAUCAUAUUAUAUGAGUUUAUCUGGAUCCUUUGAAUCCAUGUGUACGUGUUGUAAAUGUAUUUUCAUAUCCAGAUCUUUAAGGGACAUCAAAGUAUUCAUUUUCAAAGGUAAAUGACAUUUUUAAAUGAAUUGUAUUACUUCAUAAAAUUAAUAUUAUAAUUUAAUUUAAAUUAUUUAUUGGAGACAAAUAAAAAAUUUUAAUCAAUGUUUUGUCUUAGAUCUGAAAAUCUCCUACAACUCUGAAAUCCUGCCAGCAGUGAUUGUUAGAUAAUUCACAGUAAUUAUGGAAGCACUGAUUAUAAAAAUCCACUACGGUGUAUUUAAGAUAUAGAACCAGUGUUACAUCGUACAUUAAGACACGAUAGUUUUUUAGGAGCAGAUGUGUUCAGAGUACAGCAUGUGCUGCUGUUGUUUUACUGACAUGAGAUUGAUUUUAUGUGAGGAAUAAAACUAAAAGCUCAGAUUGAACUGCACAAUGCAGCAAAACGCAGCUGUUGGGUUGAAAAUGUCGUUAUUUCUCUACCAUUUCAGCGUUAGUGAAAUGUGUUUGUACUGUAUUGUCACUUGUGUCUUUGCAGAACGUAUACCCUCAAAACCUGUAUGUGUUGGGACAGUCAAUUCAAUGUUCUUCUUGAUUUUUGUUGUUAAAACCACUGCAGUGUAAUACAGAUGUAACAUCUAAGGAUGAGGAUGAGGCAAAAUCAUUCAGCUGACCUCUGACACCAGGUUAAAGGACUUUACAGAUGUGCAUGUAAAUCACCUGUAGUUUUCUAUACUGCCAGCCAUUUUUCAUCACAUACUGCUUUCUGUUUGAUUUAUUUCCUACCUUUUAGGUUGGCACUGGUGUGAGAUCAUUUCAGAACAGCAUUAAAUCAGUGAGAUCUAGUCUCUUUAUUUUCUGAUUACUGACAUAUUGUCAAAUAUCCGUUUUAAAAACUCCUUUGUGUUAUGUUAUUGUACUGAAAUAAACUAAAACCAGUGACUCAAAGAAACAUAGUGGAUAAAAUAAAAUGGAAGUGACAUGAAGUGCAUAUGCUUUCUACUUCAUUGGCUAAAACACGCCAGGAUCUUUGUAAUACCUAAAUUUCUUAGGGGUUUUGAGGAUAUAACCUGACUGAAUUUAUCACUUUAGUCUAUAUUUUUAUAACUUCAUACAUUUAUAGAAAGAGGUGGUCAGUGGAAAUGAUUGUAGAGUGCUAAUUAGUUUUGAUUGAUAACUGCAAUGUGAUAGGAAAAAUGAUCAAAAAAGGGCAAUAAAUGUGGUUUAAUUCUUCAA